GCGGCGGCGGCGGGCUGGAGCGGGCCGGCGGCCGGAGGAGCGGUGCAGUACUGUGCCGAGCUGGUGCGAUGAUUGACAAAAGCUGGGAGAAGGUUUCCAUGUGUGCAUAGACAGAGUGGAACAGGAUUAUCUUCUCCAAACUGGUGCUUGUAAAAAGACAGAAAGAUGUGUGUGGUCUGCAGUAAUGUUUGAGGAAGCGUGACUAUGAAGGGUUUCUGUGUUCUCUGCUGCUGCCUGUGGAAUCUCGAACCUCUGCUUUUGCCUUGAGAGCCUUCAAUGUGGAACUGGCUCAGGCAGCAUAGAUAGACCAAGUGUGUUAAAGACACUGAAUUUCACUCCGGAUGUGUCCUUUCCAGAUUAAAGACUCCAUAACUCAGAAGACAACAGGUUUGAUGCGGAUGCAGUUCUGGAGGGACGCUGUGGAGGACAUAUACAGUGAUAACCCACCACAUCAGCCCGUUGCUACAGAGCUGUGGAGGGCUGUCAAGAGGCAUAACUUGACUAAAAUGUGGUUCAUGAAGAUCAUAGAUGAAAGAGAGAAGAAUUUGGAUGAUCGGCCGUACCGUAACAUCCAGGAGCUGGAAACAUACGCUGAGAACACUCAGAGUGCUCUCUUGUACCUCACCUUGGAAACACUGGGUGUGAGGGACAUCCAUGCUGACCAUGCAGCCAGUCACAUUGGGAAAGCACAAGGCAUAGUUACCUGUUUGAGAGCAACUCCUUAUCACUGUACAAGACAAAAGGUCUUUCUUCCCAUGGACAUUUGUAUGUUGCAUGGAGUUUCACAAGAGGAUUUCAUAAGAGGCAAGCAAGAGAAAAAUGUGAGAGAUGUAAUUUAUGACAUCGCCAGCCAGGCCCAUAUUCAUCUAGAACAUGCUAGAUCUUUCAGUAAGAAAGUUCCUGUGAAGGCGUAUCCUGCUUUUUUCUGUACGGUUGCUUUAGAUGAUUAUUUACAUAACAUGCGGAAAGUGGACUUCAAUAUAUUUCAUCCAAGCUUACAAAAGAAGAGUACAUUAUUACCAUUGUAUUUGUAUAUUAGAUCUUGGAAGAAAACAUAUUAAAGCUUGUUUGGUUAUUUUAA